UGAUUUGUUCUGAUCAAAUGUCCACAUAAAAACAUUCAAGAACAAUAAUAAAAAGCUAUUGUUUAUUGAUUCUUUAUCAGGAUCCAGCAGCACUCUAGGCACUUUACAUGUAAAAACACACACACGCACAAAUUUCAGAGAUAUGUAUGACUGGUUUCCCUAUUUUACAAAUUACGAAACUGAGGCACAAAGAGGUUUAUGAAUUUGCACAAGGUCACAGAGACAGUAAGCGGUGAAGGCGGAAUUCAAACACAGUGUUGCCCCAGAGUACGCAUUAUUCGUCACUGUGCUGUGCGCUCUUUCCAAGGGUGUCCUGGGCCUUAAACAGGCGCACACUGAGUGAGAAAGCUAACCAUUAUUUGGUCACUUGAGUGAUCAAAUUCCAACACUGGCUAGCAUUUUUUAAAGUAACAUUGAUGAGCUUGGAGAUUGUUGUUUAGUUACAAAUAUAUAAACAGAAACAUCCAGCAGAAUAAAAUAAGAUGGGGUUUCACUGAUAGUAUCACAGACAGUUGGACUAGAAAGGAUUCUAAGAUCAUCUAGUUUGAAUCUUUAUUUUUCAAUGAGUAAAUUGAGACAGAUUUGAGACUAAAUGUAGAAAAUAACUAAAACUCAUACCUUCUUACACUGAGUUUGGAUUUUUCCUUUAUGUAUGUUGCUUUUCGGAAUGUGGAGAUUGAAGUUCUGAUUCUGACCACUCUCAGUGCUUAAGAAGUAUUGUAUAUAAAGCCCUCUUCCAUUGUCCUCUACCUCUCUUUACAGCCUCUAUUUUCUCCCCCAUGGCUACCCAGCUCACCUGCAAUGGAUUUGAAAAAUGCUGGCUGCUAAUGUACUAGUUGUUAAUUGCUAUGUGUCAGUUAACUUCAGUUCAAAAAUGUUUGCUGAAAAUAUAGAUCAUAUUGUAAGGGUACUCACCACAAAUACUACCAACUCAAAGUACUGACUGUAUUUCAAUAGAGUAUAGAAGUAUGUUAGGAGUUGUGGGAUAAGCAAAGAGAAAAUGGAAGGCAUUACAGACCCUUAAAAAGAGACAAUCUAUGUCCAAAUAAUUGCUGCAGGUAAGAAUGUACUAAAAAAUUUUGUAGUUAUCUGAUACAUUUCAAAGUUCAGCCCCUUCAAAUUGAAUGAGAGAGUCAUAAAGACAGAAAAACAUUUGAGGCAGGAAGUACCAAAUUUCUAAUAGUGGAAUAUCAUAAUAUUUCGUGAGAUAUUCCUGAAGAGGGGUUAUUUUUGGUGGUAUGUAGAUCAUAUUGUAAGGGACUCACCACAAAUAUUACCAACUUUAAGUACUGAUUCUAUGUCAGUUCAUUUGUUUACAGUUUAUCUUCGCCACUAGAGAAUGUUUCUUGAAAGGAGAAAUCCUUUCCCUCUUUGUCAUUGCUGAUGUCUGUGCCAAGAACUGUCAUGUUUUAUAAAAGGAGUAUUAAAUGAAUGAAAGACUGUUGGACCUCUGACUUAUCUUCUCUAUAGAAGGUCUACUAAGAUUUAGAGGUAGAACCUCUUAUUCAUAGGCCCAAUCCAGUCAUCUGAGAGGAAGUAGAAUUGUUAAGGGAAGACAUACUGGGAUCUUUGAAAGAGAAACUCAGUAGAUAUUUCUAAAUGUUUUUUUAUGAAUAAGCCACUGAACAAGAUUAAUAGUGAAGAAGAGCUCCAUGACCUAAUGGACAUAUUCACAGUGGUGUUCAUGAUUUCAUUACAGGUCUUGGUCUUCUGAGCUCUCAUCUCUGAAGUAGGUCUUAUAGAAGAGUAAAUGGGAUACAGUAACAAUGUAACAGAAUUUGUCCUCCUGGGGCUCACGCAGGAUCCUGUUGGCCAAAAAGUGUUAAUUGUUAUGUUUUUGUUCAUUUACAUUGUGACAAUGGUGGGCAACCUGCUCAUUGUCUUGACCAUUGUUGUCAGCCCCUACCUGGGCUCCCCCAUGUACUUCUUCCUUGCCUAUCUGUCACUCAUGGAUGCUGUUUAUUCCACCGCCGUUUCGCCCAAAAUGAUUCUAGACUUACUCUGUGAUAAAAAGACUAUUUCCUUCCCAGCUUGCAUGGGCCAGCUCUUUAUAAUGCACUUAUUUGGUGGCUCUGAGAUCUUUCUUCCGGUGGCAAUGGCCUAUGAUUGCUAUGUGGCCAUCUGUAAGCCACUGCAUUACUUAAUCAUCAUGAAUCGACAGGUUUGCAUUUUGUUGCUAGUGGCGGCCUGGGUUGGAGGAUUUUUGCACUCUGUGAUCCAACUUCUCUUUGUGCACAGACUCCCCUUCUGUGGCCCCAAUGUCAUUGAUCACUUCAUGUGUGACCUGUACCCAUUAUUGGAACUUGCUUGCUCUGAAACCUAUUUUAUAGUGCUCACUGUUGUUGCCAAUGAUGGAGCCAUCUGUAUGGUAAUUUUUAUCCUUCUACUAAUCUCCUAUGGGGCCAUCCUAAAGUCCCUGAAGACUCACAGUCAGGAGGGAAGGCACAAAGCCCUGUCUACCUGUAGCUCGCACAUCACAGUGGUUGUCCUCUUCUUUGUUCCCUCUAUUUUCAUGUAUGUUAGACCUGUUUCCAACUUUCCCAUUGACAAAUCUAUGACUGUGGUUUAUACAAUUAUUACUCCCAUGUUGAAUCCUUUGAUAUACACUUUGAGAAACUCUGAGAUGAAAAAUGCUAUGGAAAAAACCUGGAGUGGAAAGUUAACCACGUGUAGAAUAAGAAUUUGUGUACACACUGAAAAUAUCAUUGCUAAUUCUAAAACAAGAAAUAGGCAAUAAACUAUCACAAUGAACAAUUAAGUCAAUUCAAUGGAUUCUCUAGGAAUACUUCCCUUUAUUGAUGCAAAGACAUCCAAAAUGUAGAAUAAAUUAUCUUUUACAUUAGAAUGAAAGUAAUAGAGACAUUCUGGAGGUUGGAUAAAAUCCAUAAGUAUUUUUCCUGUUAUAAUUAAAAAUAAAACUAAGCUAACAUUGUCAUUUUAUUUUUCUCAGAAUAUACUGAAACAGGGCUUAGAAAAAAAAUUAUUUCCUUUUAAAGAUAGAAAAAAACAAGUUACUUUCAAAAUUUUUCUAUCAUUCAAAUUAAUGAGAAAACGAUUUACCCAGUUCUUAGAACAAAUUUUUGAGACCAAGCGUGUGGU